AUGUUCUUGGACGACCUAGAGGCAGUGUAUGCCGGUGACCAAGAUCCCUACAAAAACCUCAUCGUCCGCAUGGUAUUUGCAAUCUCGCUGCAAAAGAUGGAUCCUCAGUAUGCCGGUCUGGCCGACAGCUACUAUUUGGCUGCCAUGGAACACUUUGAGCAAGUGUCCCGGCCAAAGGAUCUCAAGUCUCUACAGAGUUUGGCGCUCAUCGGCCAAUACUCCCUUUUGACCCCCACAAGAACCGCCGUAUACUACAUGGUUGGCAUGGCCACGCGGGUUUGUCAGGCAGAAGGCUUGACUGAUGAGAAGACCAUUGGCGCCGGGAAUCUCCUGGACCCCUUGACCCUGGAUAUGCGCCGCCGUCUUGCCUACAUCAUCACUUCUAUGGAAGCUGGCCUAGCACACAGCAUGGGCCGACCCAACGGAUUCUCCAAGGCUGACGACCGGAUGGAUGUGGAGCCAUUUGCGACUGUGGACGACGAGUAUAUCACGGCCGACGGCAUUGGCCAGGGGCCUCCAAGCGAGAACAAGCUGGUGGCUUUGCAUUUCUUUAAAAUGCGCAUGGAGCAGGCCGAGAUCAGGAGAGUGCUCUACGAGAAGAAGCGCGAAGAGCCCAGGGAUGAAAGCCACCCCUGGUUCGCAAAGAUGGAGAGAGACAUUCAGAACUGGAUCGAUUCUUCACCUCAGAAUCCGGCUUGGUGCAGGCCAUGGUUCACUGGACGUUACCACCAAAUGCGGAUUUUCCUCUACCGGCCAUCCCCGCAAGUACCCAAACCAUCUCCACGAGCUGCGGGCAUCUGUUUCGAAGGGGCAUCAUACAUCAUCAACUUGUCGAAGCAGCAGAUGGAAAAGGCAGCAGUCGAUAUUACUUGGGUGUUCCUCCUCAACCUCUACAUGUCUCUCAACACACUGCUCUGGACGGUCUCGUAUCCCGAGAUACGACAGGCCCACCCCCGUGAUGAGGUGGAAGAGUUGAGUGAUCAGACGUUGGAUAUUCUGGAGCGAUGCACUGAGCGCUGGCCGGGGACUGCUCAAGCUGUGCAGCUCUAUUCCAUCUUUGCCAAGGCAUGUCUCCAGAGCUAUGAGGCCAGAGAUACCCCUAUCCUGCAAGCGUCGAGUACUUUUACGACGCCUCCUUCUCUCUUUGAUGGCAACUCUCCUCAAGGCUCAGAGGUCUCGGCAUCAACAGCGCCAGGUGGUGGACCGACAUUCAAGGUUAACCCACCGCACAACCCACCACAGUUUGGCUUUGUUUUCGAUGCUACCCCUGAGUCGAUGAACACAUACCAAUGGGAUCCCAACUUCCCCCCUCACCCAACGUUCCGUUCCAACUCGAUCUGGGGCAACUCAUCUGGCGAUGCUAAUCCCAACAUGAAUCCGGGCGGUCGCCGCUUCUCUGCCUACCCUCCUGAGUCUCCACUGGAAGACUCUACACCGCCGGCGACGACCACACCCGGUUAUAAUUCAUCCUCAUCACCUCCUAGCACCAUCAACAACGCCAUGCCCACACCUCCAGACUCGUUCAACAGCGGCCCUGUAGGUACGCCAUCAAGCUCGACCAUCUCACCACCCCCGAUGGGAACUCCGGCCAUGUCACAAUCCUCGCCACUUGUUCUUCAGCACGGAACACCAACCAUGGUUCAGCACAGCACGAACAUGUCGCCGCCUCCGCCGCCUGUUCCUGGAAGUAGAGGACCUGGUGGAUUUGGUGCACCACCGACAUCGAAUCCCGGUGCGCCACAACGCCCGCUGCCGAAUUAUAAUCCAACAACGGACUGGUUUAAUCCGCCGCCUCCGUUUAUCAAUCCCGACGCCUUCAGCUCGAUGAGCAACAGUUUCUUUGGCGACUCGUUGCAGGUCAAUGGCUUUAACUCACAAAACCCCGGCUUGGGGCUUGACCAGUUCGGCGGUCCGUUCAAUUGGUCACAAGAGCGACAAGGUAGUCUGAGCCAGCAACAGCAAGUGGAGCUAUUGAAUGUCCUGGAGAAUGAGGGCAUGAGCGAUAUCGAUGCCAUUCUCAACAUGGGCAUGAACAACCCGAGCCCCGCCGCGAGCGUCUGGCCACAAGCAUGA